UCCAACACACAUCUUGUGCACAGGUGACAUAUUCACAGCGCCAGACACCUACAGAGGAAGAAUGUUCUGAGCCACAGCGCUCCUGCACCCCGAGGAGCAGGAGUCUGUCCCGUCACACAGGGUCAUACCCAGUUCUGUUGUGAAUGGACAUUUCCAAACCUCAGUGACACGUUUUCUCAGUCAUCCCGUUUUCCCACGUUUCCAUCCCGAGGGACCCGCUCCCGGCGCUGUGGGGUUGGUGCAGUUACAGCCGUUGCCGCUUCAGCUCCUCACAACGUGCCGUGGUGCAGGUUCCUACCAGGGGCGGUUUGUUCCCUCGCAGUUGCACAUCCUGCCCACAACGGGCACUCGUGCUGCUGUGCAGGCAGGAAGUUCCUCCCUCUGAAGCAAUCAUGGAGUGAGAAAGAGCUCGAGGGUUUGAUGCUAUUUUAAGAAGAGCUUUUCGGGCAGGCAGGUUCAGUGGCAGAGCUCUCCUCUGGGCGUUUCAUUUCAGAUUACCAGUUUACGUGUUGGUAGGACCCUUUAGAACUGCAGUACUUUACCAACAAGGCAAACACAGCUCAAGAAGAACCUGCUAAGAGAGAUUAACGUAGAUCUUCAUCAGCAGAGGAGACAGGGGGUAGAUGUUGUUGAAGAGGAAACAAUUUGAGCUUCCAUUAGCAAUGGGUGAGUGUAAAAAUGGCUCAUUACUGUAGAAAACUGUAAUCCAGAGAGGCAGCCUCUGCCCCACAGCACACAAGUGAGAAUAGAAUGACUAAUCACACCCUGGAGAGAAGCAGCAUCUGUUGCCUUCCUGAAAGAGGUGCAAAGUUGCUGAUAACAGCAGGUUUUCUUCCCCAGCCCCGUUGACACACGUGUGCUAGUCAGAUUGGUUUGCUAAGAGAUGGUCUCACCAGUGCAUCAGGCUGGUAGAAGAGUGGGUGGAAAAAACCCCAUACAAGAGAACCGUGGUUUCCCUAAGAAGCUGUAGAAGGAAAUUCCAUGUAAGGAAAGAUCAAGAACAAGUAAGAAUAGACUAUGAACAUGAGAAAAGGGAAUGAGAAGCGAUCCACAAAACACAGGGGGGAAGGUGAGGUAGUUAGAGCUGCAAAGAGGGACCAGUCUACAACAUUUCAGGAGGAGAUGCAUGGAACAGGUGGAGAUGUUUUGCUGUUAAAGCAGUUUGGCCACAGAGGGAUCCAACAGGAAACUGCACUGGGACAACAUCACAGCAAGACACACGCAGGCUUGAGUUCUGCUGGACAUGGCCAUGUUCUACUAGACCUGCCAUGACGGCAUUUUUUCCCAGUGUUCCCAACUGGAUUCAAGAUGCAAAGCAGGAGGAGGAAGAGACAGGCUGGAAAUUAGUCCCCAGACCAAGAGGUGAAGAGACGGAAAGUCAGGGAAAAUGCCAGUGUGAAAUAUCAGAGGCCUCCUUCACGACCGUGGACAAGCUGAGGACUCACACGCUUCCUCACAGCGAGCAGAGGCCCUACAACUGCCCGCAGCUGCACUGUGGCAAAGCCUUUGCUUCCAAGUACAAGCUCUAUAGGCACAUGGCCACGCACUCUGCUCAGAAGCCUCAUCAGUGCAUGUACUGUGAGAAGAUGUUCCACCGGAAGGACCACCUUCGGAACCACCUCCAGACCCACGACCCCAACAAGGAGGCUCUUCACUGCCCCGAGUGCGGCAAGAACUACAACACCAAGCUGGGCUUCAGGCGGCACCUGGCCAUGCACGCGGCGGCCAGCGGGGACCUCAGCUGCAAGGUGUGCCUCCAGAGCUUCGAGAGCACCCAGGUCCUGCUGGAGCACCUCAAGGCUCAUUCUCGGCGGGCUUCUGGUGGAGCCAAGGAGAAGAAGCAUCCGUGUGACCACUGUGACAGGCGCUUCUACACCCGCAAGGACGUGCGGAGACACUUGGUGGUGCACACGGGGCGGAAGGACUUCUUGUGCCAAUACUGUGCCCAGAGGUUUGGCAGGAAGGAUCAUCUCACCAGGCACAUGAAGAAAAGCCACUCCCAGGAACUGCUGAAGAUUAAGACGGAGCCAGUUGACAUGUUGGGUCUCCUGAGCUGCAGCUCCUCUGUCGCAGUGAAAGAGGAGCUGAGUCCCGUCCUGUGCAUGGCAUCCAGAGACAUGAUAGGUGGUAAGAGCUUCCCGGGCAUGCUGCCCGUGGGCAUGUACAGCACGCAUCUCCAAACCAUGCCGAGCUCAGGGAUGCCCCAUUCUUUGGUUCCUAACUCUCUUCCGAUGGGAGUGAGCUAUCCUCUGGAGUCAUCUUCUCCCAUCUCCUCCCCACCGCAACCUCCUCCAAAGUAUCAGCUUGGAUCUACCUCAUAUUUGCCUGAGAAACUACCCAAAGUAGAGGUGGACAGCUUCUUGUCAGACUUCCCUGGCAGCCUGUCUCUCUCAUCUGGUGAGCCUCAGUCCUCUUCGCCUCAGCCACCCGCCCUGGAUGAGGCUUUGCUUUCCAAGAGCCCUGCUAACCUUUCAGAGGCUCUCUGUGCUGCUAACAUGGACUUCUCUCAUCUUCUUGGCUUCCUCCCCCUAAACCUUCCUCCUUGCAAUCCGCCUGUAUCAUCAGGGGGAUUGGUCAUGGGCUACUCACAGGGGGAGACACAGCCACUGCUUACCACUUUGCAACACCAACCUCAAGAGUCUCCUGGAGCUGGGGCCUCGCUGAACUUUGGGCCCCUUCAUUCACUGCCCCCUGUCUUCACCUCCAGCUUGAGCACAACCACGCUGCCACGUUUCCACCAGGCAUUCCAAUAAGCUGGAAACAGCACUGGAGAACAGAUCUUUCAGUCACCCUUCAGCGGAGAGCCUUAAAAACGCACAACUCUUCCCUCCCUUUGGGGUGUGAAAGCUUUGCAAAGCUGUUUCAGACGGGAGGUUUCUGAUCUCUGGAGGGAGCACUUGUAGACUGGAACGGGAGAUACCCCCCUGCGAGUCCCAGUCCUGUACAGUGAAAAGAUUUCAGCUGAGAGACUGGAUCUAUUUGAUGUGAUUUUGAAUCUGUGAAUCAGGAGCCGCGCUUAGCACUGACCUUCCCCGAGCCCCUGGAGCUGCCCCUGGUCCUCCUGGGGAAGGGACCGGCCCUGAGAAGGAGUUGAGGCUCUUUCGUCGUGGGCUAAACUUCUGAAGAGUCCAGCUUCCAUUUCAUGUUCCCACACUGCAGUUCUGGCACAGCAGCCAGCACCUCCCCAGGGAGGAGGAGAAGUCAGGAUACCCGCCCUCUAUGAAGCCAUGGGGAAGAGGCCGACCUUCCCCACUACCUCUCAUCCCCUCACCUAGCAGCUUGCUCCACCCAGCGCAGCCUACUCCACAUCAGUGUUAAGCAACGAGACCGUUUACACGGUGACUCCGGAGCCGUCGCCUCGUGCUCCGCCGCGGAGCCGUUAGGUUAAACUCAGCACAGCGCCAUUGUUUACACAACUCAGAGCUCUUCCUGCCAUUACAAAAAUAGGGGGCACCAGGAUGAUCCCUGGUGUGGGUAGAACACUGUUUACACGUGAAGUCAGGUCGCCCUGAUUUCUCUUCACUGCUCAUGUUCUUCCCCCAUGGGGAAACCCUCUGCUUCUGGACCACUGCAGCCCCUGCGCCGCCGCUUCCCGCGCGUCCCUCCGGCUGUCCACAUCUCCAGGGGAUGGAGCAGCGCUCGCAGCUGAGCUUGUUCACGUGGGGUGUGGGUAGAGCCCUCUGAGACCUCUCCCACAGGCAGGCAGAUGGUGCCUCUGUUCUGGAAACCAAAGCUGGGGGGGUAAAGCUGGGUUGGGUUUGGGCGCAUCGAGUGCUGUCAGUGAGGACAGGCCGCAGGGUCCCGUGAGAGGAGGAGCAGAGGCUGACUUUCGAGGUGGGUUUUUUACCACAGCAGUUCAGUGAGGUCAGAGCCCUUUUGGCUUAUCCGUGAAGCAGUCUCGAGGUAUGAUUUACCUCAGUCCCAGGGCGAGAACAUCCAGGAAUCAGGAGGAAAAACUGGUCCCAGCUUCACGUACGCUCUGUCGGUGUAUUUGAAGCUUUCUCCCCAACACUAAUGCUCUAACCAAGGCUGAGGGUUUGGGCUGCAGUCAGCCACCCUCUCACUUAGGAUUUGGGUCCACCAGCCUUUUAGUUCUCUCCCUCCCCAGCCUUGCCUCCUGAAGUUAAAGCCCUGCUCCCUGUCCCUCCUCUUACCUUCUCCCACAGCCUGCCUGCUGCCAAGGGGUACACUGGGAAGUGCCAGCCCCACUGCUGGUGCCAUUCAGCAUCCGCAUCACCUCCUGCUCUCGUUUCCCUGGGCACUGGUCCUGCACAUGGUAACACACAGAGGUCGAGCCCACUAUGUGUUAUUGCAGACCUCCAUACCUCAGCGUGGAGGAGCCACUGUAGGCCAACACAAACCAGGAAAUUGGUCAAUAUUGUUCUCUAUAAACGUAGAGAAUGCAAAAUCUACCUCUGCUGUGUCUCAGCUCCUCGGGUGAAGCUGAUGCUGCCCUCCCCAGAGAACAUCCCUUCUCCCUGCCCUGGAGCCCUCCGCGGGAUGGUGGCCGUGCCUCCACUGCCCAUCGGCUUCUCCCCUUCUGCUCCAGAAUGUUCUUUUGAAUUUAGCUUAGUAAUUCUUCCCAGAAUGACUGUUUAGUGAUCCACUGAUCUCCCACCAUAGAGCAGUUGUGUUAGGUUAGCCAGCAAUGCUGCAAAUACUACUUUUGUAUCAAAAUGUAAUAUAAGAUUUAUUUACCUCAGCAAUAUCCUGUGGCAAUGAUCCCCCGAGUUAAAUGCAGUACUUCCUUCUCUCCACUGGAAAACGUUGCCUUCGAAGUUCAACGAGUGCCUUCUUGUUCUCUAACAGAAAAGGUAAAUGGGGCAUUUCAGCCAGUCUUCUGUUUACCACCACUGAAUACCUCAGGCCUGUCUCCUGUUGCUUUUCUCUUUGCAGAGUUCCACACUGUUCCCAGGUAUAUGCAAACCUUCUCCCUGCCUCCAGGCAAGAGGAUUAGUAGUAUUUUUCUUUUUUAAAGUAAUGAAUGGUGAGAACUGAUCCCUUCCUGCAAGGGAGGAGUCCCAGAUUUAUGCAAUGCCUCCACACACCUUCCCCGUUCCGGAACAUCCAGCUCGCUUGCUUGGUGCCUGCAUUGUACCCUGACAGAUGUCAGCACUGGAAUUCCUUUAGCAGAGGUAGCUGAAUUAGAGCCAGGCAGCUUUUUCCUACCAGUAGUCUGUCAAAGAAUAAACGGAUUUCAUUUUGCUAUGA